CUUGAAACUAUUCAUAAAGCGAAUUAUAUACAUCGAGAUUUUCAUAGUGGUAACAUAUUAUUUGAUACUGAUUCAUCUUAUUCCUCAUCAGAAGUUGCAAUGCUUUAUAGACGACAUGAUUGGAAAAUUGGAGAUCUGGGAUUGUCUCAACCUGCAAAUAAUACAUCAUCAAAUAAUGAAAUAUAUGGAGUGAUACCUUACAUUGCGCCAGAAAUAUUUAAAGGAUCCCCAUUUUCUAAAGAAACCGAUAUUUAUUGUAUGGGAAUGAUUAUGUGGGAACUUACAACAGGUUGUAAACCUUUUGCUAAUGAAGAGCAUGAUAUUCAGCUUGUUUUUAAAAUUCUUGACGGAGAACGACCUGAAAUUACAGAAGAUACACCAGAAUGUUAUGCAAAUUUAAUGAAAAGUUGUUGGGACUCGGACCCUAAAAAAAGACCACCCAUAAAGAAAGUUCGCAAUACUCUUGGUAGUUGGACUUUUAGAAAUAAGCAUAUUAAAGCAUUUGAUCAAGCUGAAUCAAAAAGAAUGGAGUUAAUAAAUUCAAGAAAACUUGGUCCCGAGUUUAGCGAAAAACCUCAUCCAAAUGCUAUUUUUACAAGUAGACCAUUAAGCUCUUUUAUUUCUAAAUGUUCAUCUAUUAAUUCCUCUAAAGGUAUGUGGUAA